GUGCUCAGCGCCUGCGAGCCGGUCUGCAGCACACCUUGCAGCCUGCAGGUGAUCAGCAGGCUGCGGGGGGGGGCGGGGGGCGGGAGGAAGGCGGCCCGGGCCGAGGGCGCCAGGCCGGCUGGGGAGGACUGGAGCCGCAAAGGGGGCUUCAUCAGCAAGCCGGUGCAGGGCUGGCUGCAUCCCGACGAGAGGGUCCUCGGCCCGGGCGUCUCGUACAUCGUGCGGUACAUGGGUUGCAUUGAGAUCCUACGGUCGAUGAGGUCUCUGGACUUCAACACUCGCACGCAGGUCACCAGGGAAGCCAUCAACCGACUCUACGAGGCAGUCCCGGGCGUCAAGGGGACAUGGAAGAAGAAGGCUCCCAACAAAACGCUCUUCUCGAUCCUUGGCAAGAGCAACCUCCACUUUUCCGGCAUCAGCAUUGCGGUCAACAUCUCCAUUGAUGGGCUGAAUCUUAUGAUCCCGACCACACGGCAGAUCAUCGCGAAUCACCACAUGCAAUCCAUCUCCUUUGCUUCGGGGGGCGACACGGACACAAUGGACUACGUGGCCUAUGUGGCCAAGGAUCCCAUCAACCAGCGAGCUUGCCACAUCCUGGAGUGCUGUGACGGGCUGGCCCAGAGCGUCAUCCGCACCGUGGGCCAGGCCUUCGAGCUGCGCUUCAAGCAAUACCUCCACAGCCCCCCCAAAGCCCCAGCACCGCAGGAGAGGGCAAUGGGUAUGGAAGAUUCCGCUUGGGGGGAAGACGAGGAGGCCUCUCAGCAUGAUUACUACAACAGCAUCCCUGGAAAGGAGCCCCCCCUCGGCGGGCUGGUGGACUCCCGCCUGCAGCGAAGCACCUCCCUUGGACACGCCCCGUUCUCCUACGCAAGCCCCUUCUGCCAGGUCGGAUCUCCUGCCAGAAGAGACCCCUGUAGUCACAGCAACAUGAGCUGGGAUUCCAACCCUCACGGUGAGAGCUGCGAUGGAUACGUCCAGGCCGAUGGGAAGCCUUUGGGCUCGCAGGACUAUGAGGAGCAUCUCUACGUGAACACGCAGAACCUGGACAGGUGGGAGAUAGAUGCCGCAGGGUACCAGACGCCUGAGGACAGUCCUCCGAAGGACCUUUUUGAUAUGAGGCCUUUUGAAGAUGCUUUAAAACUGCAUGAAUCUAUGUCGGCCUGUGGCGUGGAUGCAGGCCCACAGAUAGAGGACCAGUGGCCCAGCCCACCCACCCGGAAGGCCCCGAUCGCCCCCACGGAGGAGCAGCUGAAGCAGGAGCCCUGGUACCAUGGCAAGAUGAGCCGGAGGGACGCCGAGAGGCUGCUGCAGGCGGAUGGGGACUUCCUGGUGAGGGACAGCGUCACCAACCCUGGGCAGUAUGUCCUGACGGGGAUGCACGGCGGGCAGCCCAAGCACCUGCUCCUGGUGGACCCGGAGGGCGUGGUGAGAACGAAGGACGCCUUGUUCGAGAGCAUCAGCCACCUGAUCAACUACCACGUGCAGAAUGAGCAGCCGAUCGUGGCCGCUGAGAGCGAGCUGCAGCUGCGGCAGGUGGCCUCUUGGAAGCAGUGA